AUGGCAGAUGCGUCCCACGGCAUUGAGAUCACAGAUUGUGCCGAAGGCGGAAGCCUGAAGAUCUACGGUGAAGAACUUAGUGCAACCCGUCCUUACGUGACGUUGCUGGUUUCGAUGCGAGACCGCACCGACAAAAUUCUCAGGGACACGCUCGACAAAUAUGGAUUCGACGUGAACGAUCAGGCAAACUUCUGUCUGGUGGAAGUCGAAGCUCUGCCGACAACAUCGGGCGUUCCCGAAUAUCGAGAAAACGUUUUGGAUGACGACGACUGUCCGCUGAUCAUCAUCGCUCGAGGCGACCCAAGUUCAUAUGCCUUUCUUUGUCCACGUAUACUGUACAGCGCUGCUUUAGGUGCCAUAACGUUUCACGUACGUCGAAGACAGAACGCCCUGCAUCGUUACAAGUCGUACGGCUCGGUGCCGGGCGCAGUGAACAGCGCCGGACCUCUGCCUUCUUUGGAGCGCUAUGGUGACGGCAAAGAGCAGCCGGGUGCCAGCCGCAUAUUUGUCAUUCGACCAAAUGUGACAGAGGUCGGCUGUGAUCGUGCGUUGAAUUCCAGCGAUGCUCGGGCGCUUUGCCUGUUCGGACAGGAUAUUUUGCCAAGGCACUGUGUGAUCGCAUACAUGGACAAUACGACGACCAUCACGCCUUGCAGUCGUAACGCGGAGGUGCUGGUUGAGGAACGCCGCAUCUUCGACACAACCAUUCUGAAGCAGGGCAACUUGGUGCGCAUAGGCCAGAAUCACUUGUUUCAGUUCUACGAAACUGGCGGCGAGAUCUGUGUUCCUCAUAAGCGGCUCAGAAUUAAUCCGCACGUUAACACAUCGAAGGGCGAUCGUUCCUUCGUCUCAACCGAGGACGAAUUCCUCCGAGCCGUUAUCCGAGACGUGAAUCCGGCUUUGUGUUCCUUCAAACUCACCGCUGCUUACGUCGUUUACAUGUGCAGCUUCUCGCGCCUCUCUGAACGUUACCUGACCGGCAUCAGUACCACCGAACGCAAGCGCCGCUUGCGAGCGUUCCUCCACAAGGUCACUGGUAUGAUUCAGGUGACGGUUCAGGAUCACUGCCACGACGCCGAAUCGUUGGCCUUUUGGAUGGCGAACAGUUCAGAAAUUUUGAACUUUGUCAAGCGUGACCGACAGCUGACCUCCUGCGCGCAGCCGGAACCCGAGGAGUCGCUGGCCGACACCGUGCAGAAAGCGUUCGAACACUUGAUCGCUUGCUUCAAACAGGACCUGCACUCUGCCAUGCCGCCGCUGCUCGAUCCACAGCUGGAAGAUGGCGCUGCAACGGAUCCUUGUCUGCAAAUGCUGAGCGAGGUGCUUCGGCUACUGGGAACGUAUGGGGUUAGCGCGGCGCUGAACAUCCAGAUAUUUUCCCAGCUUUUCCAUUACAUCAACAUGUAUCUUUUCAACUGGCUGAUCAGCCGGGACGGAAGUGCGUACUGCUGUCGUAGCUGGGGACGGCGUUUGUCGCGAUGUUUGCAUUUCAUACUGAUGUGGGCCGAAGAGCAGGGCCUGGAGCUGGCCGCCGAAUGUCGCUUGGAGCGAAUCCUCCAGACGGCUUUUUUACUGGGAGCCUUCAAGAGCGAAGAAAACGUUGUUGCGAUCAGCGAACGUUGCACAAGACUGAACAGCCUGCAGAUUCGAUGCAUUCUCGACCGUUACCACGUUGAUUCGGAAGAACCGCCUCUCGGUGACGCCUUCAUCGACCAGAUAACGAAGGCCGCCGAACAACAGGUUGAUGAAGCACUUGUCAGCGAUGGUCAGCAGCCUCAAGUUGAGGAGGAUUUGGAGUUAUAUUUGCCCUUGCUCUUACCGGAAGAUGGAUAUUCACCAGAAGUGAUUCAAGGAAUACCCGAUGGACUCAGAGAAUUCGUUGAAUGCUUAAGCAGAAGAGGACUGUGCCAGCUUCAUGUACAGAAAACGUCGAACGUUUCAUGGCAAGCCAACUUCGUUACCGAACUGUCGACACCGUCACUCGUCACUCACGCAAUGCAUUUUUGCAAAAGUCGAUACGACAGCGACGGCGCUUGGCUGACUAAGCAAUGCGGUCGGUGCGACGCAUCUGACCAGGGGGUCCAGGACGAACAAGCGAAUCCAUCCUCGAAACAUGUUGAGCUGCUGGUCGGAUGA